GCGUUUUGGGACGGCAGUUCAGCGCCAUAUGUAAUGGCUUGCCGCGAUGUUCAGGCACGGGGUGUGUAGUAUGUGUGAGUCGCGUUGUCUUUUAACUUUCUUCCGUGUGUCCGCGUGGACUUUACAUUGACUUACGGAACUUCGUGCAAGGACCUGCGUCGCUAGGCAAUUCACCGAAGACCACUGCGAGGCUCGUCGUCGGCAUCGCAUAGAAAAUGGAAGCUUCGACUUUCUCCGUUGGACCGGAGAGCACCAGCCGUGGCUUCGCGCCCUAGCUUUAUCUGAGUGCCGACUCAUUCACACGCCCCGUGCCCCGUCGGUACAUCUUUCGCACUAUCGCCGACUGUCUUUACGUUGUCCCCAACAAUCUUCCUGCGGAGUCUUUAUGGAGGUCCUGGUGCCGACAUUGCAUCGACUCCGCAAGCGCUCGGUGCCACCGGUGCCAUCAUCAGUGCCAUUAACCGCCGACGAGAAGCAAACGCUCAUCGGGUUUCAUCGCCGGCAAUUCGUCGGGCACCACCGCAAGGGACGUAGUUUACGGCGAGCUUCAACAACGGCAUCGAAUUCGGUAGCAAGAUUCGGUGUUCUUCAUCUCACCAGCUCGGACGAAUUGGGAGAGGUGAAGAACCCCGCGUCUUGCGCAACAUUCAUGCGUCCAGGUGUCCUCAACCGGCUCGUCUCUACAAACUGUCUCCUGGGCCACAAGCUGCUAAGAGGUCGUGGACAAGGGCCUGGCCACCUCCCCGGAAACGAGCAGAUCGAGCGCGAAAACGUCUCAUCGCUUUUCAUCCCAUCUGGACCGUGUGACACCAGCGCUUGCGUCGCCUUCCAUGUCCAACCUGCGCAACUGUAAAGGGCGCGACCCUGUUCUGCGGCCACGGCCUCCAUUGGUUCUGAACCAUCCGGAUUCUCGUCCCCUUGAUUGCUUUGGUGGAAUGCGUCAUGCAAGCAAGCUCGACUCCUCACCCUAUCCUUCUCGGUCUUCACUAUGUGUACGAACUCUUCUCCACGUUGCUUCCCGUCAUCGCUCCACUGUGCUCCAUAUGAACAGUGGGCGACGCAGUGCUGCUUAACCUGACCCCGUGAAACACGCCAGUGAUCUCUGCAUCCAUUCUAGGCUACGAGUUAUUCAUGUAACAUGUUCGUGCCGAUGUUUCAUAGCCUCGUAUUUCACUGUACUUCCGGAUUGAAACAGGAAUAUUUAGAGCUAAGUAACCCACAUUCUUUUGCAGUACCAAGUUCGACUAAGAUCGACAUAUCGAGUCGAACACGUAAAUCAAAGGAAACAUUCUUUUCAGGCCAGAUAUGUCACAUAACGUCAUUGUAUCGAGUGAUUGCGCUAAGCAGCCGUUAUCCUAAAAUUUGAUAAUGCAUUUCACUCCGCGAUCACUGUGCAGAACAGUUUUGAGGACAAUCUGAUGGUUUGCAGAAUCUGCCAGUUUUAAUUUAAUAGUACGCUGCUCAGCCGCUAAGUGCAUCUAGUGUUUCUAGACCACUAUAGACCUCUACCAUUGAAUAAAUUACGUAGGCGUGACGUUCAAAGCAGCAGCACGCCACAAUGGUCUCUUUUCACCAGUGUCUAGCAGUGGAACUACUUGGCCCAUCUCGUGUUUUUUUUUUUUUUUUUGCUAUGAUCGAGGCAUUCAUUCGCAUCGUGCAAUGCAGUGACAUAUUGAUGCUCUUUACCGUGAAAAGGUGGGCAACUCGCUACGUAUUCAUCUUUUAUAAGUCUGCAGGGCCGGCAGAUUGAUAGAAGUGCUCUGAUAAUGUUCUUGCAGGAAACAUUGUGUACUGUUACGAACGUUAUUCAAGCCAGGCCACGCACAAAAUAAAACUGCGACGACAAAACAGUGCACUCUACAACUAAGUUAAGACAGCUUGUCUCCCUUUCAUGCCCAGGAACUUCUACAGUGCUCUUAAUUCUAAUCGUGCCAUGGAAUCAUUUGUACGUGCUGUUUAGCGUGCCUGUUUUAACAAGUACACUUGCUGCAUGCAUCUUAUGAUCUUAAAUGUUUUUAAGGAUUGCUUUUAUGUACGUUUCGAAUGUGCAGCACGUGUUUUAUUUCUAGAAAUAAAUGCUGAGACAACAACGUAGUUUGUUUUCGUUAAUCGCUACAGUGUGUCUCGUAAUGUUGACGUUCUAUUUCAAAUCGAACAUUGUGAUUUAAUUGAACAAAAGAGGUGCUUAAAAUAUUUCUGUUUGUGUUACAAUUUUAAUUGGUGCUAAGCGUACCUAAAAGUAUUCCUGUCUUUGCCAAAUGCUGGCAGGCCUCUGCCGUUUUUGUAUUUUCCCCUUUGACUAAGGCAUACUGUAUUUGCAUCAUUUAUCCAGUUCAGAGUAUCGAUAUGCAGUAUUCAUUAUAGUCAAUUUCAUAUGCCAGUUUUGCCCAAUCAGUGUUGUCUUCCUAUGCACUUUUGCCAGACGCUAUUCUGUGACAGGACUUAUGCUGUUUGCUUUUUUUUACUUUCAAUAAUUAUGCGGCCUCUGCAAUUUAUUGGGACAAAU